CCAGGUGUCGGCAUGCAAGCCAGAAUUGAGGUAGGCGAUGAAAACAUGAUGAAACUAAAAGACAGUCCAGGAAGAGAAGAUCCGUCAGCUGGCUCAAGCAGUGCAGGAUCAGGCCUUUGAGUUUCAGCAGCACUGGGAGAGGUUCAGUGCCCAGGCCGCCAGCUGGCAGUAUGAGGUCGACUGGGCACUGGGUAAACUCCAGGACAUUCAAGAUGCCAUGGACCAGCUGGACCUUGGCCUGGCUGAGAUGAAGAAUAAGGGCUUGCACUCUGAGGAACAAACCAUGGUUGACUGCAUAUUGGAGAACAUCGAUGAGACUGCUAUGGUUUCAGUUUCUCCUGCACAGCCUCAGAAUUCCAGGAUUGACCUAGAAAUCUCACAGGGUACCUUGGUUGAUCAUCACAGACUGUUACGAUACUCUCAAACUGGUAACAAAUAUUCGUCCCACGACUUCUUGUCGGUUUCCGUUCAGUUCCCAUGGCAGAGGGCUGUUUUUCGUAAUAGCAUCCCUUAUUAUAUCAAUCAUGAGCAGCAGACCACGUCCUGGGAUCAUCCAAAAAUGACACAGCUAUUUCAAUCAAUGGCUGCUCUGAGUCAUGUGCGUUUCUCUGCAUACCGUACGGCUAUGAAGAGCCGCCGGAUACAGAAAGCCCUCUGCCUGGACCUUUUGGAGCUAAGUGUUGCCCAGAGCAUCUUUGAUCAACAUAAUUUCACUCAUAAAGGGCGGCUGCUAGAGAUUUCAGACAUCAUUAACUGUCUCUGCACAGUCUAUAAAGAACUUCAGCAGGUUCAUCCAGACCUGAACGUCCCUCUAUGUGUGGACCUGUGUCUCAACUGGCUUCUGAAAGUCUAUGACAGUGGCAGAAGUGGAAAAGUUCAAGUGCUGUCCAUGAAGAUCGGCUUGUUCUCUCUUUCGAAAGGACACCUAAAGGAUAAGUACAAAUAUCUGUUCGCUCAGGUGGCCAGUGCUUCAGGGUUUUGUAGUCAGAGGCAGCUUGCUUCACUGCUACACAACAGCAUCCAAAUCCCACAUCAGCUCGGAGAGGCGGCCGCUUUUGGAGGCAGUAACAUGGAGCCCAGUGUACGCAGCUGCUUUCAGCAUGUUGGCAGCGAAGAUUUCAUUGAGCUUCAACAGUUUGUGGACUGGAUGCAUUUGGAGCCGCAGUCGAUGGUGUGGCUGCCUGUUCUUCAUAGAGUCGUUGCAGCAGAAACGGCCAAGCAUCAAGCCAAAUGUAACAUCUGUAAAGAGUGUCCCAUGGUGGGCUUCAGGUAUCGGAGUCUGAAGCACUUCAACUACAACGUCUGUCAGAUGUGUUUUUUCUCUGGAAAGGUUACGAAAGAUCAUCAUCUCAGCUAUCCAAUGGUGGAGUACUGCACCCCUACGACCUCUGGAGAAGAUGUACGUGACUUCACCAAAGUGCUGAAAAACAAAUUCCGCUCAAAGAAGUACUUCACCAAACACCCACGGAUUGGAUACCUGCCUGUGCAGACCAUUCUAGAGAAAGAGCAUUUCGAAACCCCCGUCACAUUUCUAAGCAUGUGUCCAGAGGAUUAUGAGUCAACCCAGAUAGAUGGAGAAUCCAGUGCCACCUUGCCUGGACCGGAAUCACACCCGGACAUGUGAUCAAAAGGACAUGUGAACCACACCUGAUUUUUUUCGUUCAUGUGCAGAACAGUUUGCCAUUCUGUCACUCAUACAAUCUUAUUGUGAUGCCUGAACUGACUGAAAGAUGAG